AUGGCUUCCAUAGAAUUUCUGGAGUGUCCUAUUUGUUGUGAACAGUUCAAUGAAAGUGACCGAUGUCCUCGAAUGCUGAGUUGUGGACACACCUUCUGCUCAAGCUGCUUGGAGAGACUACUCCAUGGUAACACCAUUGAUUGUCCCACAUGCAAAACUACAGUUAACGUGACCUCUGGAGUCGCUGGACUGGUAAAGAAUUUUGCAUUAUUGAGCAUUGUAAAUGCCUCACCUAAACGACGCGUUAGAGAGAGCCAAGGAGAAGGAUAUUCAGAGAUUUGUAGCUUUUGUGAUGAUGAUAAGCAUCCUGCAACUUCCCACUGCUUGGACUGCAAAGAAGACAUGUGUGCAGAUGCCGUUCGUUGGCACUAUCGCAAUAAGGCAAGUGGUGAUCAUCGGAUUGUCUCUCUAGAACAACUGAAAACAAACCCGGGACUGGCGGCCGUAUCGAUUUUCUGCUCAGACCAUAAGGACUGUAAAUUCAGAUAUUUCGAUAAAGACUGCGGUCAUUUAGUCUGCAUUGACUGCGUCGCACUCACACACAAAGGCCACAACUGUCUGACCCUAGCUGACGCCGCUGAAAAGUACCAAAAGAAGAUGGAAGUGCUUGUCACCACAGCCAGUAGGCACGUAGAAGAGUUUAAAGCUGCAGAAGCUAGGGUGCUUCGAGCACGUGAUAACCUAAACAAUAUUUACCGAGAACAGGCCGUCCAGAUUCAAGUCACGUUCGGGGAGGUAAGCUUUACAUUUUAUGCUUCCUUUUUUCCGACAGGGAAAGUGACAAUACUGUAAAAAGACAAAAGAUAAGUAACAUAAUUUUCGUCUGCUUAGCUGGUGGGAUUGUUAUGCAUGGGCUACUUUCUUAGCACUCGCCCUUGCCGCGUCAGUUACGUAGGCUACCGAAUUUUAACCGCAGAUCAAAAUCCCCCUUUGAUCACAGUUGCAUUUCAUUCUACUUGUUGAUUUCUCACUUAACUUGAGCGCUUUUUGGCUUGAGUCUUGUCUCGGAAUUGAAUUCAAACACAGUGGUAGAAUUUUAAAAUACAGUAGUCGUUUACCUUGGAAUUUUUGGGAAAAAGGAAUCCUUUUAUUGUUAUUCCGUUUCCUCGUCUUUUACCGGAAUAAUCAACCUAGGGACUUCGAGCAGGGACGAUGGCAAAGGCAAAGUAAUGGUCGCUUGAAAAUCAACUCGCUCUCUUAGUUAUAGACUGGUUAUUUUACUUAGUUUGUCUGACCAAUGCAUGCCCAAAUGAACAAUGUGUCUUAAUUUCUCCACAAAACCUUCAAUUUUAUUCAAUUAGUACUAAUUUAAAUAGACUUUAAAUGAAUUAUGAAGAAAUAAUCGUCGCCAAGUUGCAAUUUAAGCAAUUGUAAAUUAACCCGAAAACGGGAUUCGAACCUAUGGCCUCUGCGUUAGUACUCGAGCUCACCGUUCUUCGUACAUUCACGUUCAAAUAAAGUGCAUUUUUUCCCAUUUGAGGAAACAUCUCACUGGUCUUUCCAUACAGACUGAAUUAGCUUCUCACCAUUAGAUGUUAUGCAUAUUACCUCGUAGCUUCAAGCUGCACUCGCUACAAGAGAACAAAUUUUAAUGAAUGACCUUUACCAUGCCAACAUUGCCAAAGAUGCCACUCUCACAAGGCAGCGUGAUCGUUUGCACACACUUCAAACCAAUCUAGAAGAUGCUGUAAAUAAUGCAAGAUCCAUCAUUCAGUCAUCAGGGAAUGCUGAGUUCCUUGUCGCCAUGUCGGAUUUAGAGACUCUGCUGGAGGACAUAAAAAGCCAAAAACCACCACUUGAAACACGGGAGAACUGUCAAUUCGAGGCGGUUGCUUUCAACCGCGAACUGUUGAUAGACGUGAUCAAUAACGCAGGUGAAUUAAUAAGGCCUUCUGCCUGUGCAACUACUACAAAAGCGGUAGGCUCGGGAUUGUUUAUUGCACCGAUGGGAAAAGAUUCCUUUUUUACCAUAUCUGCACAUGAUUACCAAGGACGUUCACUUGGGGUUGGCGGCGACAUCUUUGUAGUGAACCUCCAGACAAAUGAUAAGAAGUGUGUGAAAGUAAAUUUAAUUGACCAAGGCAAUGGUACUUAUCAGGGAAUUUAUAGAGCCCCCGCAGGCACAAAGGGUCACAUGUCGCUGUCAGUGCUUUUACGUGGUACCCACAUUGAAGGCAGCCCUUUUCUGGUGCGUGUGGAGAAUCCGCCCGUUGGUGAAGUACGCUGCUACGCAUGUGGUAAGAAAAGUAGGAAAAUGAAUUACUACAUGAACAGUAAUGAACCGUUCCGUCCUAAAGACACCAUGCGAGUUCGUGGUUAUAGUGCUCUCUGCGUUCCUGGCUGCUUGGGUUAUACAUAUGAGGACGACUGGACCCUUGUUUGUGGUCCGUGUUGA